CACAUAACUACAAUCACGCCAUGUCAAUGCCACGUCACAUUUUUAUCCAAUGUACGGAUAAAAAAGGACCAGAAUUGAUUAAAUUACCAAAUUAUAAGACCUACUUUGAAAGUGGUCAAUAUAGGGGUGGUUUUUUGGACUGUGGCCAAAUUAUAAGACCAAUUUUGAAAUUAUGCCCGGCACAUUAUAUACCACCAAAAGUAGAAACAAAACGGUGCAAUGAAAUCAGUACCCAAAUAACAUCCUCCACACAAACCACUUCCCAAAAAAUAUGGACUGGAUUUGGACCCAAAUAAUACUUUUCUUAGCCUAUCUCCUCCUCCGCAAGCUCCUCCGCAAGCUCCUCCGCGUCGGCCCGAAUAACUUUCCUCCAGGCCCGAUACCACUCCCCAUCUUAGGCCACUUCCACCUUCUCGGGAAAAACCCUCACCACGAUCUAUGCCGUCUGGCCCGCAAAUACGGCCCGAUCAUGGGCCUGCGCUUCGGAUUCUCCCUAACUGUGGUCGUCUCGUCCCCAGCCUGGGCCGAGCGCGUCCUCAAGGCCCACGACCUCGUUUUCGCUAGCCGGCCCAUUAACAACGCCUCCAAGCACAUGGGCUACGGUCAGAGGAACUUGGUUUUCGCGCCCUACGGCCCGUACUGGCGCGACAUACGAAAGCUCUGCACCCUAGAGCUGCUGAGCAACCUCAGAAUUAGCCGGGCCCAGGGAAUGAGGCGGGCCGAGCUCGGGCUUCUCGUGGGCUCUCUCAAACGGGCCGCGGAGGGUCGGGAAAUUGUGGAUCUGAGCGCCAGGGUCUCGGGCCUGAGCGCGGACAUGAACUGCCUCUUGAUUUUAGGGAGAAAAUAUGAAGACAGGGAGUUGGACGAGAAAGGGUUCAAAGCUUUGUUUAUGGAGACGAUGGAACUUGCGGCCAGGUUUAAUCUAGCCGAUUAUUUUCCUUACCUUGAUGCGCUUGACCUUCAGGGGAUGGGGCGAAGAAUGAAGGCAUUGAGUAAGAUUUAUGAUGGGUUUUUGGAGGAAAUAAUUGAGCAGCAUUUAGAGAAGAAUAAUAAUAAGGGAGAGGAUUUUGUGGAUACAAUGCUGAGUAUAAUGGAGUCCGGUGAAGCUGGGUUUGAAUUCGAUCGGCGACAUAUCAAAGCCGUGCUUCUGGAUUUACUUAUAGCAGGAAUGGACACUUCAUCAGCAGCGAUAGAAUGGACACUCUCAGAACUCAUUAGGCACCCACAAAUCACAAAAAAGCUCAAGAAAGAGUUAGAAUCUGUGGUGGGCCCGAACCAUAUGGUCGAAGAACACCAUCUCAACAACCUCCAUUACUUAGAUUCUGUAAUCAAGGAAGCCCAAAGGCUCCACCCAGUCGCACCAUUGUUAAUUCCCCACGAGUCCACACAAGAUUGCACAAUUGAAGGUUUCCACAUACCAAAACAAUCGAGAUUGUUAGUCAAUGUGUGGGCAAUCGGCAGAGAUCCAGAUGUUUGGCCCGACCCGGAAAAAUUUUCGCCCGAGAGGUUUAUUGGUAGUGAGAUAGACUUGAGGGGACAUGAUUUUGAGCUGUUGCCGUUUGGGUCGGGCCGGAGGAGUUGUCCCGGGCUGCAACUCGGGCUCACCGUGGUGAAAUUGAUAGUGGCGCAGUUGAUGCAUUGCUUUGAUUGGGAGCUUCCGAAUGGUAUGUCGGCUUGUGAUUUGGAUAUGUCGGAGCACUUUGGUUUGGUGACCGCUCGAGAAAAGCAUCUAAUGGCUAUUCCAACCUAUCGCCUACGUGAGUAAUCGAAUUUAGAAACGAAAAUGAAAAAUAAAAGUUCAUUGAAAUUGUAAUAAUUGAACACUUGUUAUUGGUGACAUGUUCAGUACAUUGGUUUAUAUUUGCCAUGAGGUGUUUGGUGGAUAAGAUAUUUGCAAUGAAUUUCUUUUAGAUUC